UUUUGGUUUGUCUCUAUGGUUUUUAGAACUUCCGGCUCGUCUCUAUGGUUCUGGAGGACUUCCUGUUCGUCUCUAUGGUCCUGGAGGACCUCUCGAUGGUUUUGGCGGACAGAGCGGCUCCGUCUCGCUGCGCACUGCGCAUGCGCACGGCGCACCGCGCCGCCACUUCCGCUUCCGCUCAGCCGCCAUGAGGGACCGGACGCGGGAACUGCGCCAGGCGUCGGACUCGGACUCGGAGGGGGAGGGGCGGGGGGGGGGGGGCGGCUCCUCCCCCCCGAGGACCCCGCCCUGGCCCAGGCGCAGUACCUCCGUUCGGCGCUGGGGGCGCUGUCGCUGCGCGCGGCGGCGCUGGAGCGGCUGCAGGAACGGGCCUUGGCCACGCCCCUCCCCCCGCCAGAGCUCCAGGAGGAUUUGCAGCGGGUCCGGGACGAGAUUCAGGAUCUGACACGGGAGAUUCAGGCGGGGCUGAGAGGGCUGGAGCCGUCAGGGUCGGAUUCGGGUCCGGGUUCGGUUCGGGAGCGGCUGCGGCGAACUCAGCACGGGCUCCUGGCCCAGCAGUUUUUCGGGGUGACGGAGCGUCUCCAGACCGUUCAGUCCCGGUACCGACAGCGGAACCUCGAACGGAUCCAGCGGCAGCUCCAGAUCGCCGGGCACGCGCCGCUGUCGGAGGAGGAGCUGGAGCAGCUGUUGGAGUCGGGACAGACCCAAAUCUUCGUCCCCAACGCUGCGGGCGCGGCGCGGGCGGCGCUGGACGAGGCCGGGACGCGGCACCGCGAAAUUCGGCGCCUCGAGCGCGGCCUCCGCGAGCUGGGAGAGCUGUUCCGGCUGCUGGGCAGCACCGUGGAGGCCCAGGGUGACGUCAUCGACCGCAUCGAGCGCCACGUGCAGCACUCGGGGGCGGAGCUCGGGAAGGGGCGGAGCCACCUGAGGGGGGCGGGGCAACGGCGGCGGGGGGCGCGCAAGAAGCGUUUGGCCCUCGCCGCCUGCGCCUCGGCCGCCAUCUUGGUCCUGGCGGCCAUUGUGGCCGCCUCAGUGGCCGCCGGCUGACGCUGCGCUCCCAUUGGCUGCGGGAGCCGCCAAUCACCGCCGGACACGCCCCCGCGAGGAGCUGAUUGGACGAAACCCGGUCCCGCCCCCUGCGCGGAGCUGAUUGGUCGGGGUGGGUGUCCGUCACUGUGAGCCACGCCCCCUCGCCAGCCGGGCGGUUCUGAUUGGCUGGCGGUGACGUCAUCAGAGAAUAAAGCACUUUUUAACCUAAAA